AUGGAAUGGCUGCCAGAGGGACUGCUUGGGGCUGAGGGGGACAUGGAGCUUCUCUGGGGCCAGCUGACCCAUACCCUGGCCUGUAGACACUGUGGCAGCAGCUGCCUCCAGAGUCCAGGGAAUCUGGGCCUACCACUUCUGUACCGUGUGGGUUUCCUUGGUCACCUGUGGAAGCAGAAGUCAGGAGAGGAAGAAGAAGAAGAAGAAGAGGAGGAGGAAGAAGAGGAGGCAUCUCUGGACUCACUGAAGCCAUGUUCUCUUCCCAAAGAAACUCCUGUUGGAGAACGAGCCACCACAGCCCCAUCCCAGCCAUCCUGUGAUUCUGAGGGCCUCCAUAAGGCCGUAGGGACACUAGAGCAAGUACUCACGCAGACCCCAAGCCCUUCCAGAUCCUUCCCCACGUUUCAGAUCUUGACCAACCUGCCUGUGAGGCACAAGACAGCAUCAGGGAGCCGCCUACAGCAGAGAAAAAGCCAGCUCUUCUGGGGUCUCCCUUCUCUGCACAGUGAGUCCUUGGAGGCCAUCUCCCUGAGCUCAGGUGGCCUCUCUCCCCUGAAGCUAUCUGUCAGUCCUUCUGUUUUCUUUAACAAGCUUGCCUUCCUGCCGAGAUCCCCAGUAUUGCUGCUUCCCCAGUAUUGCUCCCCAACCCUGCUUCCUACCCAUGAAGUCCACACAGACCAUCUGGAAGGGAUAGCCGCUGAUCCUCAGCAACUUCUCUCUCCACCUUCCCCUCCUGUCCCAUCACUUCCCCUCCAUCUUAAAUCCUUUCCCAUGGACCAUAAGAGAGUCCUAUCUGGCACUGAGGCAAAUACACAGUCUCAAGGAACGAGCACCCUGGGAGUUCCACCUGUAUAUGAGACUCAGUGGGGAACCACAGGACAUAAACAUAGCACUCAAGCCUUUCAGCCCCCCAUGCCAGCCCCCUGCCAGCGCGCAGAUUCUCUGUCAGAAGCCCAGAAAUUCAGCCCUGAAGGAGGACCUUCUGCAACCAAGGACUUCUGGGGAACCUUGGGGCACAGAGAGAACCCUACGGCUUCUAGGUCUCCAGUGCCAGCCCCCUGCCCUCCCCCAAAUCCCCUGCCAGAACUCCAGGGAGGCAGUUCCCUGGGAUAUCCAUCUGGAUAUGGGCCCCAGUGGAGAUGCAGAGAAAAUUCAAUAAACGCUUGGGCCUUUGAGACCCCAGCCUUGGACUUUGACCCAGGACUCCAUGGAACCAGGCCUGCAUGUGUCCCAUCAGGAUCUGAGACUCUGUGGAAGGGCAUGCAGAGUAGAGAAAAAAUUGGGGUCUCUGCAGAUCCAGUUUCAUCUCCCAGCCCUUCCUCAGCUUCUCUGCUGGAGUCUCUAGGAACAGGUGCCCAGGCAGUCUUGUCUGAGUCCAAAGUUUUGUGGGAGGUCAUGAGGCAAAGAGACAAACUCUGGACCUCAGAGUCCCCAGGCCCUGGCCACAGCCCAUCUCUAGCUCCUAUUCUAGAACCCCACAAAAUCAAUCCUGUGGGAGGACUCACUGGGUCAGAAAUUGCAUGGAAGGACACUGAUGAUUCCAGGAAUUCCUGGGCUUCUGAAUCCCCAUCUCUGAUCUUCAGCCCACCGCCGGUUCUCGUACUGGAUUCCCUCAGAGCUAGCCCUAGGGGGGUUCUGUUUGACUCUGAAGCUAGAUGUGGGGACAUAGAAAGGAGAAAGAACUCCUGGGCCUCUGAUCUCCCAGCUUGCAGCUUACCCCAAGACCCACAUGGAGCCAACCCCUUGGGAGUCCCGUCUGACUCUGAGCAUAUUGGGGAGGACACGGAGCAGAAAGAAAUCUGUUGUGUUCCUGUGUUCCCAUUGUGGGGCCCCAGCCCACUCCCAAACUCAAUGUCAAAGUCUCACACGAGUGAGCCUAUUGGAGACCACUGCAACUAUAAACCUGAGGGGGAAACAGUGGAGCAGAGAGAGAACUGCUGGACCACUGAAGUCCCAGCCCCAACCCCCAGGUCACUCUCUGCUCCUCUACCAGAUCCACACAUUGACCUUGAGUUUGUGUGGAGGAAUGUGCAACGAAGAGGGAUCCCCCAGGACCCUAGCCCUCCAGCAGUGGAUCCCCUACAGCCAAUGCCCUGGCCUCCCACCCAAGCUGAAGCUCUGAAGAGUGAGUCCAACCAGCCUGGCUUACCCAAGGGAGAGCUGUUCCCAGGGGCUAAGGCAGAGACUCCAUCCUCUCAGGGUGAGGCUGUCCCAAAGGUGCCCACCCAAUCUGGGAUCCAGACCUGGCACUGGAGUAAAGAGUUGGAACUCAGGCUGAAGAAACUACAGCAGAGCCCUGCUCCCAGAUCUCCUGGCCCAAGUCCAUCAUUUGGCAGCUCCCCUGCCCUGAGCUCCACAGCUCAAGCCACCCGGAGACUCUCUUCUUGCCUACCACAGCAGACUCAUACCCCCAACCUCUGCCCCCACUCUUCAAGCUGUCAUCUCCCCAAAACUCAGAGCACAGUAACUCAGCCUGUCCAGGCCCCACACUGUCAUCACUCCCACUCCUCUCCCCAACCUCAGCCACACAAGUCUGGCAGGGCAGAACAAGGGUCUCAGAAAGAGCAAAGAAUGAAAGUGAAGAUGGUGUCCCAGAUCUCAUCCCAGGGGUCAUGUGUUCACAUGGAGGCUGGUGAGAACUGCCCAGGCCUGGAAGAGCCCUCAAACCCUGAGGUUCCAGCCUCAGGCAAGAGACAGGACAAGGCUUCAGCCCUAUCUUCAGUCAAAAAGAGAGAGAGCCCCAGGAAACCCAAAGGAGACCAUGGACAAGAGGAUGCAAGAUUGGGGUCAUCCACAGUUACAGAGAAACGCUACCCAGCCCAGGCCAGAAGACUAGCAGAGGUCCCUGUAAGCAGACUUUCCCAAAGAUCUCAGCACAGGGAUGAGAGCCCUCAACACAUUGCUUUCUCCCCAUGGCCUCACUCCAAGGCUGCCAGUUCCCACGAUCAGAGAGGGGCAAGGCUGGGGGUUGGUGACAUCCUGGCCCCUCAGCACUGUAAGCGCUGCCCUUGGGCCCAGAAGCAUCUUUCCAUCCCGACACUUCAAGCUCCCCUUACCAGGGGUCUCCCAAGGAUGUUAGCCAAGUUUCUGGGUAACCGUGGACCCCUGCCCACCAAAUCCAGUCAGCAGAGGAAAGGCUGGUAG